UAAUGUUGCAUCAGAAUCGCAAUAUCCGGGAAACGUCAUCAGCCUUUACCGGCACUCAAACCGCUCGGAGAUCUCCAAGUGAGGUAGCCUUUGAUUUGUUAUGGCUGAAGAAACUGUCGUGGACAAGAUGAGUGAAUUGCAGGUCGACGAGGGAAAGAAGGGUGCAACUGAUAACGGUAAGGAUGGAGGAAAGAAGAAGGGUAAAAACGCUGCUGGAGACUCUGGAGGCAGAGCUGAGCUGUCACCACCACCUGGUUACAUACAGGAGCGUCUUGAAUUGUACGCAAAGCUGAAAGCUGAGCAUGAAGCAGUGAUGGCAGAGAGGGCUGCACAUGACAGCCGUGCCAUCAAGGUGACUCUCCCUGAUGGAAAAGUAGUGGAUGCAGAGUCUUGGAAGACAACACCUUACCAAGUGGCCUGUGGAAUCAGUCAAGGUCUUGCCGACAACACAGUGAUUGCCAAAGUGAACAACAACGUAUGGGACCUGGAUAGACCUCUGGAAGAUGACUGCAGCCUUGUCUUUCUCAAGUUUGAUGAUGAGGAAGCUCAAGCUGUUUACUGGCACUCCAGUGCCCACAUCCUGGGUGAAGCCAUGGAGAAGGUGUACGGAGGCUGCCUCUGCUACGGCCCCCCCAUUGAAAACGGCUUCUACUACGACAUGUAUUUGGAGAACAAUGAGGGUGUAUCGAGCAAUGACUUUCCAUGUCUGGAAGCCUCGUGCAAGAAAAUCAUCAAGGAGAAACAGCCUUUCGAGAGGCUGGAGAUAAAGAAGGAAACUCUCCUUGAAAUGUUCAAGUACAACAAGUUUAAAUGCCGCAUUCUGAAUGAGAAGGUCACCACUCCCACUACGACAGUGUACAGGUGUGGACCCCUUAUUGACUUAUGUCGUGGCCCCCACGUGAGACACACUGGGAAAAUAAAGUCACUUAAGAUUCAUAAGAAUUCAUCUACAUACUGGGAAGGCAAAGCGGACAUGGAAACCCUCCAGAGGAUCUACGGCAUAUCCUUCCCUGACCCCAAAAUGCUCAAAGAAUGGGAGAAGUUUCAAGAGGAGGCCAGGAACAGAGAUCACCGCAAACUGGGCCGGGAGCAGGACCUGUUCUUCUUCCACGACCUGAGUCCAGGGAGCUGCUUCUUCCUUCCUAAGGGCGCCUUCAUCUAUAACGCCCUGAUUGAGUUCAUCAGAAGUGAGUACAGGAAGAGAGGUUUCCAGGAGGUGGUGACGCCCAACAUCUAUAACAGCAAACUGUGGCAGACCUCAGGUCACUGGCAGCACUACAGUGAGAACAUGUUCUCUUUUGAGGUUGAGAAGGAGACCUUUGCCCUGAAACCUAUGAACUGCCCUGGACACUGUCUGAUGUUUGAUCACCGGCCACGCUCCUGGAGAGAGUUGCCCCUUCGUAUGGCCGACUUUGGUGUCCUGCACAGAAACGAGCUGUCUGGGGCUCUGACGGGCCUCACCCGCGUCCGCCGCUUCCAGCAGGAUGAUGCUCACAUCUUUUGCUCCAUGGACCAGAUUGAGGAGGAGAUCAAGGGCUGCCUGGACUUCCUGCGUACAGUGUAUGAUGUGUUUGGCUUCACUUUCAAACUCAAUCUCUCCACAAGACCAGAGAAGUUCCUGGGGGAUUCUGAGGUCUGGGACCAAGCAGAAAAGCAACUGGAGAACAGCUUGAAUGACUUUGGGGAGAAAUGGGUUCUGAACCCAGGUGAUGGAGCUUUUUAUGGUCCAAAGAUUGACAUUCAGAUCAAGGAUGCUAUUGGUCGAUACCAUCAAUGUGCCACAAUUCAGCUGGAUUUCCAGCUCCCGAUCCGCUUCAAUCUCACCUUUGUCAGCCAUGAUGGUGACGACAAGAAGAGACCAGUCAUCAUCCACAGAGCCAUCUUGGGAUCAGUAGAGAGAAUGAUCGCAAUUCUGACUGAGAACUAUGGCGGCAAAUGGCCUCUGUGGCUCUCUCCUCGACAAGUGAUGGUUGUACCUGUGGGACCGACCUGUGAGGAGUACGCUCAAAAGGUCAGACAUGAGUUCCACAGCAGCGGCCUCGUGGCUGACGUGGAUCUGGACCAGGGCUGCACCCUCAACAAGAAGAUCAGAAAUGCACAGUUGGCUCAGUACAACUUCAUCCUGGUGGUGGGAGAGAAGGAGAAGACGAGUAACACUGUGAAUGUACGCACCCGGGACAACAAGGUCCACGGCGAGCGCACUGUGGAGGAGUGCAUGGAGCGUCUGAAACAGCUCAAGGCCUCUAGAAGUCGGAACGCUGAAGAGGAAUUUUGAGUGUUCUUAAACCUGCUGCUAUCAUGAGUACCUCGAGUCUGGUAACUUAAAGGGCCACGUAGCUGAAAUCAGUUGGACGAGGGGCAAAACUACUCUCACGUCGUUGCCUGGCCUUUGCUUAAUGAUCAUGAAUUGAUGUCUUUUCUCUGGUGUCUUCCAUUGCCUCCUUAUUGAAUCACUGUUUUCGGUAUAAAGUCUCAUAAAUUGUCCACAUCCCUGUUACUGUUACUGGAGUGAGACUCUGAUGUGAUCAGGUCUCUGAACACGUCUGUGCAGUAGCAGUGAAUUAAAUUUUACUGUAUAUCUUUUACAAAAACUCUUAAAGUUAAGGGGAAAUGUUUUGUACUACUUUUCUUUGUUUUAUGCCAUUUCCUCAGGGUAUUGUAUAAGUUACAGUUUUGAUACUUAAAUCUCUGUAUUGGAUGUCUGUACUGCUUUUUGUAGAGUCACCUCAGCCUCUUUCCUCCCAAGAGGCAAAGUGCAGCAUCAAAUCCCUUUAUCACAUGUUUUCCUUUUUUGUUAUGGUGCUUCAAACACUUUUUUUCCUUUAGUCACCUGUAUCAGAAUUUAAAGAAAUUGGGCAUCAGCACAAAUCUCAGCAAUAAAGAAUAUCAGGAAAAGUCA